AUGCAUCUGUGGAUCGAUGCGGAUCCUUCUGGCCUGGUAUGGACAGGCCUCGAUUGCGAUGACGACUUGGCCAUUUUGGCUGCAAGGGGGCUGGAGGCGCUGCGAGAGGUAACGAUCGUGGGCCUCUCCAUCUGUGGAGGCAAUGCCCCUUUGUUGCACACUUGGCCCAACGCGAUGACGCUGCUUCAGUCAAUGCCUUCUGUCCAGUGGAAUGUUUCCAAGGGUGCAGGAUGGCAAAGCAUGCAGCCUGCUUGGAAAUCACUUCGUCUACUGGCAUCCUGUAUCCAGGAGGACGAGUCUAGUGAUGCUGCGGAGGCAAUCAUUCAGGCUACAAGGGCUUUGCCGCCACGAAGCUUGACGGUCCUGUCUUUGGGGCCGCCUAGCAACUUGGCUCGGGCUAUGCGCAGUGCCCCAUGGCUCUCGGAGCACAUCCGGGCAGCUGUUCUCAUGGGUGGCGAGCUCACCCAUCGUCGCUUGGACUUGAACUUCAUGACGGAUCGGGCUGCAGCUCGUGAGAUUUUGGCAUCUGGGUUGCCGACAACAAUGGUUCCGGUCCAAAGCUGUGCGCAGGUAGCCGUGACCUCGCAGACCUUGAAGCGUCUGGAGGAGUGUCCAACAGCUGCCGCACAUUGGAUCCUUCCAAAGAUGCGGCUUCAGACCUGGCUGAUGCCCCGUCUGGUGAACCGACGCAUUGCGGCCCUGCCGGGAAAAACUUUGAGCCCUGGGCUUCGGGAGGGCUUCAUCCCCUGGGAUCUCGUAGCCCUUCUGGCAACCAUCCGUCCGCAGCUCUUCAGGUGGGAUCACUGGAAAGUGGAGUUGCCGCCCUGCAGUGCCGAGCCCUGCAAUGGCACGAUGCUCUCCACCCUCCUGACCGACGAGCCAGAUGGAUGGGCCAACGUUGCCCGCGUCCCGUGGCUUCGGGACGAAAAUGAGAUGCUGGAGAACAUCCUGGAGCUCCUUUGCAGCGUGUCCACAACUAGACCUCAGCCAAGGCUGCAGCUGGGUUUCCUGCCCAUUAUGUUUGCUGCGCUCGUGCUGGGCCUCGCCGCAU